AUGGACAAAAUUCUGGGAAAGUUUGUCUGGAGUACUGAGACGUCCCAAUUUACAGAGGUGAGUGGCUGCCUGAAGGAAGAAGCGGACUUGGAGCGACUCAAAGAUCUGUUUUAUGACUGUGUUUUGGACGCUGGCAUAAUUACCGGCUCUGAUAUUUCUGGAGAUACCAAGCUUCGUAGAAUCAUUUUAUCCUACCAGCACUUUGAAUAUGUCAUCGUGUUGGAAAAGACGAAUAUGUCUGUUGUGAAGCGCCAGUUGUAACAUGCAA